AGAACUCAUUCUCCCCAAACGAAACCCAUUUUCUCUCUUUCUUUCUUUCGAUUGAACAGAAGAAACCCCCUUCUUCUUCCUCUGACCUUGGAUCGAAAUCUCAAAUCGAAUUACUAAACCCUAAUUCCAGCACUUGAACGCACGCUUGUGUUGAAGAAAAUGGGGGAUGUGGCUGAUAAAUUGGCGUAUUUUCAAGCAAUUACGGGUCUCGAAGACGCUGAUUUGUGCACUGAAAUUCUCUCCGCUCACAAUUGGGACCUCGAAUUAGCCAUCUCUUCUAUCACCACCGACGCGAACCACCACCACCCCUCCUCCUCCUCCGCCGCCGCCAUUAACACGAGGACGAAUCAAGAAAUUCAUGAUGUAGGGCUCGUCUUACCCCCAAACGUCAACAAUCAAACCCCAGGUCUCGCUUGGAAAUUAAUUACCCUCCCCUUCUCCAUCAUCUCCACCAGCCUAGGGUUAAUUUCUGGGGUAAUUGGAUUUGGUAUGUGGGCAGCAGGCGGCGUUUUGUCAUAUUCCCUUAGCGUAGUUGGCCUGAAUACCCAGGCGAGGUCUGGAACCGCACCUUUGGUCUCAGUGUCACAGUCAGCAGCCGAGGCAGUCGAUUUUGUGUCUAGUUUUCAGAGGGAUUAUGGAACUUUGGGGCCUAAUUUUCUUACCGAGGGUUUCAUGGACGUAUUGCAGAGGUCUCGACAGGAAUAUAAGCUGAUGUUUGUUUACUUGCAUUCACCAGAGCAUCCCGAUACUUCGGGUUUUUGUGGACGGACUUUGUGUAGUGAGAUGCUGGCGUCGUUCUUGAACGAGAAUUUUGUGGCAUGGGGUGGGAGUGUUAAGGCUAGUGAAGGGUUUAAGAUGAGUAAUAGUUUGAAGGCAUCGAGAUUUCCCUUCUGUGCUGUUGUUAUGGCUGCAACGAACCAGCGGAUCGCAUUGCUGCAACAGGUUGAAGGACCAAAAUCCGCAGAGGAAAUGGUAAGAAUAUUGCAGAGAGUGCUUGAAGAAAGUGCUCCUGUUCUUGUUACAGCGAGGAUUGAAGCUGAAGAAAGAAGAACCAAUAUGCGACUGAGAGAGGAACAAGAUGCUGCUUAUCGAGCAGCACUUGAGGCUGAUCAAGCUCGGGAGCGGCAGUUGAAAGAAGAGCAGGAGCGGUUGGAAAAUGAAGCUGCUGAAGCAGAGAGGAAAAGAAAGGAGGAAGAAGAGGCUCUCGAAAGAGCAGCCCAAGAAGCUGCUCAGAGAGAAGCUGCGUUACUUAAGUUGCGUGAGGAGAAAGCUUUGUCAUUAGGUGCUGAACCCGACAAAGCCUCUGAUGUUACUCAAGUAUUGGUUCGUUUUCCAUCUGGAGAUCGCAAAGGGAGGAGAUUUCACUGUACAGCAACAAUACAAUCUCUGUAUGACUACGUUGAUUCAUUAGGUUGCUUAGAAGUGGAUGGAUACAGCCUCGUCUCCAACUUUCCUCGCACUGUUUAUGGCCAAGACAAAUUCUCUUUGUCCCUUUUAGAAGCAGGAUUACAUCCACAAGCCAGCCUUUUUGUGGAGCUCAAGUAAUCAAUCAGAAGAUUGAUCGAACCAGGAUCACGAGAGCUUGUAGUAUAUCAAACUUGCUUUUUUAAACAUGCCUUCCUCUAGUUAUCAUACAAUUUAGCAAUUCCUGCUUGUGAGAGAUACACUGUAUUGGCCUUGUUUCCUAGUUUAAUUUGCAAAUCAUAAGUGCAGCUAAGACCUAGAUCGAAUAAAUAUGUUCAAUUAAUAUACUUCUUACUGAGAAAACCAUGUUAAACUGCAUGUAUGUUCUUUAACAGAGGUGCUGAUGUUGCAUCUUAUGGGGGUUCAUUUGGCUAAUGAAUACUUUUUUUUUUGAUC